AUGGAUGACAAUACCUUCCAGGAAUUACUGGGCCUUGUGACUCCCUACAUCGAGAGGCAGGACACCAAGAUGCGGAGGGCCAUCACUGCUGAGGAGAGGCUGACUGCUACGCUGAGGUUCCUGGCUCCUGGGCGGUCGCUGGAGGACCUGAAGUUCGGGACCCUCAUCUCCCCCCAGGCUUUGGGUCAGAUCAAUCCUGACACCUGCAAUGCCAUUGUGAAGGUGCUGCAGGACCAGUAUUUAAAGCUCCCUGCAAGUAUAUCAGAAUGGCAAGCCAUGGCAGAGGAGUUUGCCACCACCUGGCAAUUUCCUAAUUGUGGGGGAGCGAUAGAUGGCAAACACAUCAGCAUCAACCCUUAUUUUAAUUAUAAAGGGUAUAUCAGCAGCAUCGUGCUGAUGGCAGUGGUGAAUGCCAACUAUGAAUUCAUCUUCAUUGACAAUACCACCUUCUACGAGUGGCUCACCACAAAGACCCUGAACUUGCCAUCUAGGGAGCAAACCAAGCACAGCCUCUAUUUUGUUUUUGUGGCUGAUGAGGCAUUCGCACUCCACGAGAACAUUAUGAAGCCAUACCCCCAGAGGCACCUGACAAGGGAGAAGCAGAUCUACAAUUAUAGGCUAUCCCGGACACGCCGAAUUGUAGAGAACACUUUUGGCAUCCUGUCUAGCCGCUUCCGGAUAUUCCUAAUGGCUAUCAACUUGCAGGUGGAGAAGAUAGAUUGGAUGGUGACUGCGUGCUGUGUCCUGCAUAACUAUUUGCGCAGAAAAGUCACCCAGCAUAGGACACUGUCCAGAGCAGCGCCAAGAGACCCAGACCCAGAACACCCAGAGGAGAAUUCAUCGUUUCCCUCUGUGGAACCACCUCCACUCCAUUCUAGGGCGAGUGUACAGGCAAAACAGGUCAGGAAUGAGUACCUGGCCUAUUUUAACGGGGUGGGUGCAGUCGAUUGGCAGGAGGACCACAUUUAA